AGCAUUCAUUUAUUCGUUCUGUUGGGCGGCAGUUGGCUUUGAAUUUCACUCAGACUCUGUUGGCUCGCUCGUAUUUUUUCUUUUUUCAUUUUCUCUUUUCCUUAUUCAUUUUCCAUUCAAACAUUCAUUAUCUAGACUUCAAGCUUCAUUCUGUCUGACAAUAUUGUAUAAUUCUAUAAGGACUGGCUCCUAUCUCUCUCUCGCACUCUCUCUGUCUAUCAGGACACAGUCUAAUCGCACUCAGCGUUUGCUUGCUCAUUUGCGCAAUACAGUUACUUCAUAAUUAAAACCCCCCAUCGAAUACUUUGAAAUUAGCUUCCACAACUCAGCUAUUGUGCCGUCCAAGACAAAUGGCAAAACUAUUAGCAGAACUGACACCUCUGUUCCCGCCGAGCUUCAUGGCGUCGAAGCGAUACCGAUGGGCAGCAGGACUCGCUUUUACCAUCUUCGUCUUUUUCCUCCUCUCAAAUAACGGAUUUUUUCCCCAGAAGCCGUUGAAAUUCCAUGGCUCGAUCGAGGUCGAUUGGUCGCGCUUCGCUUACACGCAAUAUGUCACCAAUAGCGACUAUCUCUGCAACUCAGUCAUGUUCUUCGAGUCAUUGCACCGCCUUUCCAGUCGUGCCGAUCGUGUGAUGAUGUAUCCUUCUCACAUGUUGGAGGCAAGCAACGACAGUUCUGUGGAUACCCAAUUGCUCAUCAAAGCUCGUGAUGAAUAUCACGUCAAGCUCGUUCCCAUUACAAUUCAGCACAAGGACAAUAAAGAUGAUACCUGGGCCGAUUCUUUCACAAAGCUCCUCGCUUUCAACCAGACCCAAUACAGUCGUGUGCUUUCUAUCGAUUCUGAUUCCAUGCUCUUGCAAGAUAUGGAUGAGCUAUUCCUUUUGCCCCCAGUACCAGUAGCUAUGCCUAGGGCCUACUGGCUGUUCCCCGAGAAGGAAAUCCUCUCAUCUCAGGUCAUGCUUAUUCAACCUUCUGAAACAGAAUUUGCUCGCAUCAUGGCCAAGGUGGAUUCUGCCUCUGAGGACGACUACGAUAUGGAGAUAGUGAACUACCUUUAUCGCGAGAGUGCCCUUGUUCUCCCGCAUCGUCCCUAUGAUUUGUUGACGGGUGAGUUCCGUGGGGAUAAUCACAACAGGUAUCUCGGCUCUGAUACUGAGCCUUGGGAUCCUGCCGCUGCCUAUAACGAGGCCAAACUCGUCCAUUUUUCUGAUUGGCCGCUUCCUAAGCCAUGGAUACAAACGGACGAGGAGCUUCGCCUCCAGUCGCAGCCCAACUGCACGACUUUGUCAGAUGGCGCUGAGGACUGUGCAGCAAGGAUAAUCUGGAACUCUUUCUAUACAGAUUUUAAACGGAAACGGAAGGAAAUUUGCGGGCUGAGCGAGGUGGUGAUAUUGCCAAAAGAAGAGUACGAGGAUUGAUCCUGACUCCCUACAAAUGCAGGCUAUUCAAUAUCAGAGCAAUGAUUAUGGGAUUCAGUAUGGAUGUUAAACAAAGGCGUAUAUAUUGAUUACUAUUUAUGAGUGACAGGAGGCGAUUCAACAGGUUCGUUGUGGGAUGGUGGAGGUGUAAAUGUGAUGAGAUAUCUAUGUUAUAUUAAGAUCGAUAAGAGAUGAUUUGGCAUGAGUAAUAUUUUAGGACUAAAGCAAGACACUAUAAUGUAAUAUAAAAUACCCUGCUUCCCACAAGA